UUGUAUCGGCAAAUACAAUUUUUUUUCCAAAAUUGAUUAUUUAAAAUUCAGAUUUAUAAGUAGAAACAAGAGACGGAUUUUACUGACGAAAAAUUAUGUUUUGUCUUGUUGGAAAUUUAUUAAUUCUUCUGAUUGCUUCAGCAGAAUUUUCGAAUGCAAAUGAAGAUUACGAUAUUUUAUUGUUCAGUCAACAAUGGCCAAUAACAACAUGUUUCCAAAAGGGAAAGGAUUUAAGAGAAUGUAAUAUUCGAAAUUAUGCUUGGAGUAUACAUGGAAUUUGGCCAACGGAAGAUUUUCCCGGCACAUAUCCGAAAGAUUGCAAUAAUCAUUCACCGUUGAAUGUGAGAAAUUUAAAGGGUAUACAUAGACAACUUGAAAAUAAAUGGUACAAUAUUCUGAUUAAAAACGUGGAACAUUUUUGGAGUUGGGAAUGGAAAAAGCACGGAACAUGUUCAAUGAAUUUGCAAGCACUGAAUUCGCAAUAUAAAUAUUUUUAUCAAGGAUUAGAGUGGAGUAAGAAUUACGAAAUUGGAAGUAUUCUCAACCGUAGCCGUAUAAUAAUGGGAGACUAUUAUUAUUAUAGAGAAAUUCAAACAGCUCUUAAAAAUCAUUUGAAUGUUACAACUCAAAUCAUUUGUCACAAAGAAGAUGACGGUUGGGUACAACUUUUAUAUGAGGUAAGAAUCUGUAUAAACAAGAGGUUGCAAUUAAUCGAUUGUGAUGGACACGUUUAUGAGACAAAUUGUAAUAAAGCAUUAAGUAUUAAAUAUCCCAAUUUAAAACAAAGAAGAAUGAGUACAUAGUUACAAUUAAUCACUGUUUAUUAUUACAAAAUUGAAAACAUAAUUUUAAAAUUAAUAAUGAAUAAUUACAAAAUGUAAUAAUAAUAAUUG